AUGUCUCAGAGAAAAUAUGCAAUAGACAUUUUGCAAGAUUCGGGAAUCUUAGGAGCAAGGCCUGAAUUGUUUCCAAUGGAACAAAAUUUGAAGCUUACUUCUACAGAUGGAGUUGUACUGAAUGAUCCAACAAAAUACAGAAGACUAGUUGGUAGAUUGAUUUAUCUCACCGUCACAAGGCCUGACAUUGUCUAUUCUGUUCGGACACUUAGCCAAUUUAUGCAAGAGCCUAGAAAACCUCAUUGGGAUGCUGCUGUGCGAAUUCUCAAGUAUAUCAAGGGUACUCCUGGUCAAGGUUUGUUAUUUCCUUCCACAAACAAUCUUAUUUUAAAGGCCUUUUGUGAUUCAGAUUGGGGUAGUUGUCGAGCCACAAGAAGGUCCGUCACAGGAUACUGUAUUUUUCUUGGAAAUUCACUUAUCUCAUGGAAAUCAAAGAAGCAAUUAGUUGUUUCUAGAUCAUCAGCAGAGGCGGAGUAUCGAGCUAUGGCGAACACUUGUUUAGAACUUACAUGGUUAAGCUAUAUACUUCAAGACUUAAGGAUCUCAAAUGUGACUCCUGCAAAACUAUUUUGUGACAAUCAAGCUGCCUUACAUAUUGCAGCGAAUCCAGUCUUUCAUGAGCGAACAAAACAUAUUGAUUUAGACUGUCACAUAGUUCGAGAAAAGUUGCAAGCAAAACUGAUAAGUCCUUCAUAUGUUCCUACACACUUUCAAUUAGCAGACAUCUUUACAAAGGCUUUGGGAAAAGAUCAAUUUGUAACAUUGCGCAACAAGUUGGGAGUUCAUGAUAUUCACUCUCCAACUUGA